AUGGGGUGUUCUGUUCUUUCCCUAUUGUAUUGUGUGAAUGUUAUGGACGCGUGGCAAUAUGUGGAGUCGGUUGAAUACUACUGGACGGCGGCGACGGAUAAACGGAACACUGGCGAUACGGGUCAAUUUUGCCGCACAAAAAUGCUAAUAUUCAAGAAAAAGGCGAUAUUAAAAGUGCUCCUCUUGGUGCCAGUCAUUUGGAUUUGUUCGCUGAUAUUCUUUGCGGCAACGAGUACUAAUAGUAAUCAGAUCGGAUCCAAUAAUGAGCUGGCGGAUCGGAUAAAUCAAGCGAAUUUCCAUCCGAAAGAGGUUCCAAAACAUCAAAAACCGGAUGUAAUUCAAGGAUUCGGUCCUCCGAUCGAACCGGAACCCGUUGUCGCCGAGAAUAAGAUUGAAGACGAGCCGGCGGGUGGGAAUUUGAAGAAACCCGUGUUCAUGGUCGAUCCGAAUGAUCCGAUUUAUAAAAAAGGGGAUGCGAAUCAGGCGGGAGAGUUGGGAAAAGCUGUGGUUGUAGAUAAGACGAAGCUCACCUCCGAACAAAAGGCGAUCUACGACAAAGGAAUGUUGAAUAACGCAUUCAAUCAAUACGCGUCGGAUAUGAUCUCAGUACAUCGCACACUUCCAACCAAUAUCGAUGCUGAAUGCAAAGUGGAGAAAUACAACGAGAAUCUUCCCCGAACCUCUGUGAUCGUCUGUUUCCACAACGAAGCGUGGUCCGUUCUCCUCCGUACCGUCCACUCGGUUCUCGAACGGACUCCCGAGCAUUUGCUCGAAGAAAUUGUGCUCGUCGACGACUUUUCGGAUAUGGAUCACACGAAACGGCCACUCGAGGAGUAUAUGUCACAAUUUGGUGGAAAAGUGAAAAUAUUGAGAAUGGAGAAGAGAGAGGGAUUGAUUCGGGCGAGGUUACGAGGUGCCGCCAUCGCUACCGGCGAGGUUCUCACGUAUUUAGAUUCACAUUGUGAAUGUAUGGAAGGAUGGAUCGAGCCACUUCUCGACCGUAUCAAACGUGACCCAACUACAGUAGUCUGCCCAGUCAUUGACGUCAUCGAUGACAACACGUUCGAAUAUCACCACUCGAAAGCCUACUUCACAAGUGUCGGUGGAUUCGAUUGGGGUCUUCAAUUCAACUGGCACUCGAUCCCCGAAAGAGACCGAAAGAAUCGAACACGAGCUAUCGAUCCGGUGAGAUCACCGACGAUGGCCGGUGGUCUGUUCUCGAUUGAUAAGAAGUAUUUCGAGAAAUUGGGAACCUAUGAUCCAGGAUUCGAUAUUUGGGGUGGAGAGAACUUGGAAUUGUCGUUUAAGAUCUGGAUGUGCGGUGGCACGCUUGAAAUCGUACCGUGCUCUCACGUCGGUCACGUCUUCCGCAAACGAUCACCGUACAAAUGGAGGACCGGAGUCAAUGUUCUCAAGAGAAAUUCGAUUCGAUUGGCAGAAGUUUGGCUGGAUGACUAUAAGACAUAUUAUUAUGAGAGGAUUAACAAUCAGUUGGGUGACUUCGGAGACGUGUCGGCCCGUAAAAAACUGCGUUCUGACCUUGGCUGUAAAUCAUUCAAAUGGUACUUGGACAACAUCUAUCCGGAACUCUUUGUUCCUGGAGAGUCGGUGGCUAAAGGAGAGCUGCGAAACGCGCAAACCUCACAAUGUUUGGAUAGUGCCGUCGGCGAUGAAGUGGAGAACAAGGCGAUCACACCGUAUCCGUGUCAUGAGCAAGGAGGCAAUCAGAUUCGAAGCGCCGGUGGCGGCAAUCGUCAAUGCAUCGACUACAAUACGAGCAACAAAAAGUCGUUUGGCAUGUAUCAAUGUCAUAGUCAGGGUGGAAAUCAGUACUGGAUGUUAUCGAAAGACGGCGAAAUUCGACGAGACGAAUCGUGUGUCGACUAUGCUGGAACUGAUGUGAUGGUAUUCCCGUGUCACGGAAUGAAGGGAAAUCAAGAGUGGAGAUAUAAUCAUGAUACGGGUCGCCUCCAACACGCCGUCUCGCAAAAGUGUCUCGGAAUGACAAAAGACGGAGCGAAGCUGGAAAUGGUGGCAUGUCAAUACGAUGAUCCUUAUCAACACUGGAAAUUCAAAGAGUUCAAUGAAGCGAAGGCGAUCGAGCAUGGCGUGAAGCCGCCUAGUUAA